CUGAAAACUGUCAUUUUUCGUCACCAUCGUCAGCGCGAUCUGUCAGUUAUUGUGUCGGGAUCUAAAAUUUAUUGCGUUUUGUGUUUAAAUAUAGUUGCAAAUAUUUCCAUUGUGCUACAUAAUAUUUAUUUUGCUAAAGUGGCGUAUUAAAAUCGCAACCAAUGCCGCAAUUUGAAGAUAAUCCCUUUAGUGAUCCAACCAUAGACAAUCCGUUUGCUGAUCCGUCUGUGCAGCAAGUCGCGAGAAGUACAACAAAUGCGACCCGUGGUUUGGACGACUACAACCCAUUUGAUGGACAACAAAAUGCAAAUCAGGCUACGUUAAUUGUUCAAAUAAUUGCUUUUAUAUCUUCCGGCCAGUAUACUCGACCAGCACAACCACAACAGGCACAAGCCCCUCCACAGAACUUUACCACUGCUGACUUUCAACGGAGGCAGGAGGAAUUAGAACGGAAGGCGGAGGAACUUGCACGACGAGAGGCGGAACUCCGAGCUGGUUCCGCCGGUAGGAGGAACAAUUGGCCACCCUUGCCUGCCUUCUGCCCCGUCCAGCCUUGCUUCUAUCAAGACAUCAAUGUUGACAUACCACUAGAGUUCCAGAGGAUUGUCCGCCAUUUGUACCAUUUAUGGAUGUUUCACGCGUUGGUACUAGCUAUGAACAUAAUCGGAGCGAUGUCCCUUAUGAUAGCCGCUAAAAACUUCACUAUAUUCGGUCUGUCCAUUUUGUACUUCGUCCUGCUGACCCCCUUCAGCUUCAUCUGCUGGUACCGGCCGAUAUACAAGGCGUUCAGAAGCGACUCCUCCUUCAACUUUAUGGUCUUCUUCUUUAUAUUCCUGUUCCAAAUUAUUAUAACCACGGUGCAGGCGAUUGGAAUCAACGGUGGAGGAUCUUGUGGGUUGAUGACCAGUAUAUCUGCGUUCGAGGUGAACGCGGGCGUGGGCAUCAUCACCCUGCUGGUCACCAUCGGCUUCAUCACCUCGGUGGUUGCUGAUGUCAUGCUUAUAGCAAAGGUGCACCGCAUCUACCGGUCGACG